GCGAGGCGUGCACAAGAAGAACAGCCGUCGGCAUGGGUGCAGUGGCGCUGCGCGGCCAAAGGCCGGAAAGCCGGCCGACGGAGCGCAGGCCCGUCGGUGGCCGGGACGGCCCGCCCGAGGUGGCGGCCGCCGGAAAAGCGCGCUGGCCACUCGGCGACGGCGUCAAGGGUCUCGCGUUGCUCGGUCACGACGCGGUCGACGACGAGCCGCCGUCGCCAGCGCGUCCGCCGCCGGUCCUCGUCGGGGAGCAGGUGCGCAACCUGCCCAAGGCCCGCCAGCCCUCCAUCAUGGCGCCGGCCGCGGGGGAGCACGGUUUGAGAACGCAAUUCUAUGGACGCAAAAGUGUGCACUUCUCUGAUAGCCUGCUGACGGCUCCGGACACGCAGUACGAGUUCGCCUGCUUCCUACUUGUAAUGGCGGUUCUCCUCGGCGCCAUCCUGGGAGCCGUGGCCUAUUACUACGCGAUUUCAGAUGUAAGACUCGGAAACGUUCCUCCAGCUGCGACCUCUCCACCAGGCAUCACAAAUGCAUCCGUUCCGGAGACGUAGUCAUCGCGGGGCCAGAGGAUGUUCCGUGUUUUUCUUCUCAAGCAAUUUUAAUUUUAUUUCCUUUCUUGAUUCUUUCUUCUUCUAUUUAUUGAUUUAGUUGAUUAAUAAACUCGUUUAUUCGCCCACUA